CCUGAAAUGAUGCAUAAUCCAGGAGAUUACUCCAUUAUCAGUGGCAAAGGUGGAGAAGAUGUGUCGGAAAUAUUGGAAAAUUUCCCGAGUUUUACGUCUAAAAUGUGGUCCGAGUCCUCCAAUCAGAGCAGGAGUGAAUCCUCCCUGUAUGCCGAGAAUCAGAGACUGCGGGAGGUGAUGGAGAAGGAACGCUACAGGAGAAAGCAUUGUGAGCAGUACAUUCAAAAGCUGAAUGUAAAGUUGCUGGAGACACAACAACAGUUAGCGGUGGCCAUAUCUACAGACAAGAGGAAAGACAUCAUGAUAGAACAGUUAGACAAGCAACUUGCUAAAGUUGUGGAAGGCUGGAAGAAUCGUGAUGAGGAAAAAGAGAGUAUGCUGAUAAAGUUAAGAACUGAGAAAGUGAAAAUAGAAGAGAAACUAACCAAACAGAAUGAGAUGAUAAAAAACUUUGAAAAAGACAUGGCAGAGGCCCUGCAACAGAUGAGAGAUGAAAAAGACAGAGCCAGUAUUGAGAUUGACAAACUAAAGGCUCAGAUAUCUGAGAAGGAGCGAGCCCGUUUCCAUGCAGAGGAAAUGCUGGAUGCUGAGCGCGAGCGGACUCAACUGAUCAACCAGGAGUGGGAAAAUCUCAAAGAGGCUCGGGACACAGCUGAGAAAAAGGUUCAACAGCUUCAGGAUAGACUGCGCUCGGAACAAGAUGAUUGGUUCAAAAGAGAGCAGGAACUGUUACAUAAGAUAGAUGAAGUGUCUGAGAGCAACCAGAAAGUCCUGAAUCAAGAGAGGGAGAAGUCAGAGGAAGCCGUGACCCUGUGUAAGGACAUGGAGGAGAAGAUCUACUCCCUCCAGACCGAGAGUAGGAAAUAUCAGAUGGAACUGGACGCGGCCAUCAGGGAAAAGGAGAGUAUGAAGGUAGAGAUGGGCAUUAUGGAGGCCAAGUUUGAGAGUUCACAGAGGACUCUAGAGGCAGAGUUACAAUCCAAGAUGGAGAAGGAGAUUGCGGAUCAGAUAGCAGAAGUUCACAGGAAGACUGAGGAAUCUGAGACAGAACUACGACAGAAUCACAGACAGCAGAUCAAGGAACUGAAUCAGAGGUACACCAAAGACAUGGAGCGUAACCUGGCCAAGUUCCACAGUGAUCAGAAGAACAGGGAAGAGGAGUUCCGAAAGCUUACUCUGGAAUACGAGGAAAAAUUACAAGAGCAGAGGAAUGAAAUAACAUCGCUUCAUAAUGUCAAACAGAAACUUGAGUCACAAAGGUCAGAGAUUCUAAUGAAACUACAGUACAUGAUGCAGUCUCAGUGGAAUGAAGCCGUUCAGAUGUUAGCCACUACUCCUCAGAGAAAGACCUAUGCUAGCACAUCCUUUAGUUCCCAGACUAACACCACUACGAGUGCGGCCCUUAACACCAGUAUUCCUAGUCAGGGGGUGUUCCCCAUCACCAGCAGUCCGGGCAGGGACAGUCACACUGCCCCGCCCCUAGAACCCAACAUCAGUGACCUGACCACCUCUCUCCACAUGCAGCAGUUCUUCCAAAGUCUUUCACAACCUCUGGUUUUUCCACCUUCAUCCAUGCAAACAGAAACCAGCACAAGCUCUAGGAAUCCACAGACCAUCAGCGAGAGGAGGGUAGGUGAAACUUCUCAAGUCUCGGAAUCGCAGUUCAGUGGAGUGAGAAACUCCUCUGAAGUAUUCCAUCGGAGAGAACAAGAAGACAGAGCAUUACAUAAUGGCCUACAGGAAGACAGGGUACAGUCCAAUACUCAGGAGGAAGAGCAUGAGACAAUCCACAACUGGCUUAGAAACUCUCAAGAAGACAGCUUUAGAACAGGAGCCUCAUUCAUAGCUGCUGAAGACAUCAGGAGUUCUAAUCUGUCCGUUUUGGAGUUGGUGGGAAAGUUUCAAGGGUCCGUUUCACAGCAGGGUUCUUCAGGUUUUUUACCUAAGAUUUCAGACUCUGAGACUCACCCAACCAGUGUGCCUGUUUCUCAUCCAGCCACUGCUGUUCCCAUCAGACCUCCCCAGCAUGGCAAUAGCCAAUCAACCAAUCAGAAUAAUUCUCAGUUUGUCUUAUCCAAUCGUGUUCAUGAUAGGAGUUUUGAAAGUGCUAAGUCAACCAAUCAGAAAGAGGAUCAGACAUAUCCUGGAAGAUUUGCUCAGAGUUUGCCUGUGAGAGGAAGAAGUGAUUCUCCAACACUCUCACAGCAAAGUAAAGAGGAGCCAAUGUCUUGGCCACAGAGAAAUGUCAUUCACUCCCCGCCAACCAAACAGAGCAGAGGUCAUGUGAUAGAAAGUCACAGUGUAACAGAGGAGGGUCAAAGGUUAGAUGUUGAUUAUCAUCACUUGUCCCAGAGAGUAGAAGAACACGAAUCCAAACAAUUUCAACUCCAGCAUUACAUACAAAUGUUGUUGCAUAAGCCUCCCGGGGAUCCAGUUACAGAAGAUGUAGAGGCGGACAACUCCAUGAGCUCACACAACAACACUGUAGAUGAAUUGAAUGACACUGCACAAGCGGCCCAGAUUCAGAGGGAGAUGAUACGCCUCCAACAACUGAGGGAAAAGAAACAAUCACAGGCAGAAAAUGAGCCAGGUACAUCAGGGGCAGUGAACAAGGUGAUGCAGCCCGAACAGUUGGCAGAAAUAUCCAAAAUGUUGAACCAGGUCAAAGGUCAAUUUGGAGGAGGUCAAAAGCAGACAACCUUGACACACACAGAGGAGGAAAACAUGUUACAGAUAUUCAAUCUCCUGAAGUACAUGCAGAGUGCACCAGGGCAUGAUAGUGGAGGAGUGGCCAAACCAGGUCGUCAUUCUAGUGCCCCCUCCUCGCCAAGGUCACAUGACAGGGACAAGGUCAAACGGAAUCUCAAGGAUCAAAUGGCAGGUGCCUCGGAGGGUCAGUCUAGAGGGGAUAAACAUGGAGGUAAACCGCCCCUGAACCAUCAGAAGAAACCAGAGAGGAAGGUGGCCUCCGGGAGUAAAGCAGGUCAUCAAAAUAAGUCCAAGUCUGCCUGGAAGUGAAACUACAGUCUGUUCUAGAAGUGUGGGAGGGUCAGUCCAAGCCUGUCAGAAAGUGAAAGUAGGAAGGACCAGUGUUCAGUGUCUUCUGUGUCAAUGUGAAAAUGAAAGUAAGAUGUAUAUGGUGUAAUGAAAGUACAUGUUGUGUGGUGUACCAGGUCAGAAGUUGAAAAUCCAGGUCAAGGUUAAAAGGUCAAAGAAUUGUUACCAGUAUUAGGAAAACAAAUGGAAACAUACUUUUAUGUGUAGAGGUCUUUGUAUUUAUGUCUAAUUUACUCAACAGUUUCCCCGAGAUUCACAGAAAGAUUGUAGCUGUAAUGUUUUGUAAUUUUUUUUUAUUAAUUUGUAAUUUUAUUUGAAUGCCUGAGUCUAAUUUUAUGGAGUGUAGAUCUUUGUUUCUUUGUCAUUAAUUUACCUUCAAAAAUACUGUAUAGUCUUCAAAACAUUUGUGCCAAGUUAAUAUUUAUAACCAAUAUGUGUACAUUUAUUCUGAUCUAAUUCAUUUUUUCAAUAUACCUUUGUUUCUUUAAUCAUGAAUCUGGCAGCUUUUGCACAAUUUUUGAAAUUAAUUUUACUGUUUAAUGAAGUUUUAUUAUCUCACUGUCAUAGACUUUAAAAAACCUGUAAGUGCCAUCACUUUCUUUUGCUUAAUAUUUCACAGAAUGUCAUUUUGUAGUAUUCUAGUACUGUUACAAGUACAAUGGUUUUCAAUUGACAUGUAGCUACAUUGUAAUCUCAGGGGUCUUAUUUUAUAGUAUAAAAUAUGUGACAACUGAUAUCUUGAAUUUAAUUUCAGUCUUUGUGUUAACUAUUUUUUUAUGUUGUUCAAAAAUAACAUCAAUUGAAUACUUCUUACAGUUUAGAAAGGAUGUCAAGACAGAGGGUAGUAUUUAUCUAUGUGAAAUCAAGUUGAGAAAAUGAUCAAAUUUUUUCCUUUUUUUCACUUCUGAAAUUUCUCUUUAUUGAAAUGUAAUGUAGGUACAAGAUGUUAGAUAGAUACGUUUUUGUACAUUGUUUCCCUGAAACAAUUACAUGAACAUAUAUGAAGAAUUAGAGAAAAAUAGAAAAUAAUUUUUUUUUAUAGAUACAUGUACAUGUAUGUGCAGAAGAGUUUCUAUGAAUUGUAUUCAAAGUUACAGCUACAACAGAUGUAAAGAUGUUAAAUGAUUUGAAUGUGAAUUAAUUCUUAUUGAACCAAGAGCCCAUGUUCUACUAGCUGUUACUUGAUCUGCAAGAAUAUUUAUUUUUAAAAAUCAUAUUUAUUUUAUAUUCCGUCCUAAAUAAAGAAAAACAAAGAUUAA